AUGGCAACAUUUUUCCGGCGGAUAUUGAAUAAACGAUGCGUCAAUACUCUCGUUCAACAUGAUCGUUUUAUAGGCUGUUCUCAUCGUCCAGUAAUUUCUAAAACAAAUAUGACCACAAGGUUCUAUUCUUCCUCGUCUUCUUCCUCGUCUCCGUCGAGUACGAAAAAAAACAAUACAACACCUACUGCACCUCAAAAAGAAUUGCACUUUGUUCAUGUUCAACAUAUACACCCACGAGAUCUCGCGCAGAGCACGUUCUUUGCGUUGCAUAGACCAUUGUUAACCUUUGGUAUUGAACAAAUGCAAACAAUUGAAAAUGGGCAGUCCCAACAGGUUUGGGAAGAAGAAGAUUACGAAGAGAAUUCUGGAUCCAAUGCUAACGCAAUACCACUUGCUAAUCCCCUUUCACCUUACCUAACUACUACUCCAUUUCAUCCCAAUCAACCAACAAUUUCAAUGUCUGCUUCAGAAUCACAGUAUGUAGUUAAUAGAUUUUUCUCUGAAAUAAAAUUAAAGUUCAAUCAAGAACAAGAACAAUCAUUAAAUAAACAAAAGACGACAAUUACAUAUUUAGAAGUAAAUAAUAUAAAACAACAGGAACAAUCAACAAGUGAAAUUGAUUUUGAAGAGAGAAAGAAAAGAGAGAAAACUUUAUAUUUGACAAACAUUCUUCAGAAGAGAAGAUUGAAAAUGAACAAACAUAAACAUAAAAAAUUAAGAAAGAGAACUAGAGCAUUAAGAAAAAGACUUGGAAAGAUUUAA